UCACUUAUACAAAGUCUGUAAACGAGCAGGAAUGGAUAUGUAACACUUGCAAUUCAAGCUUAAAAGAAAGUCGAACUCCAAAACUCUCUCUUGCAAAUGGAAUGACAUGGAUUCAAAAACCAAGUGAAUUAAAUCUGUUACCAUUGGAAGAAAGACUUGUAUCAUUAAGAAUUCCCUUUAUGCAAAUAAGAGAAUUACCAAGAGGAGGACAGUAUUCUGUAAAAGGAAAUGUUGUAAAUGUGCCUGUUGACAUACAGCCAACAAUUAAUAGCCUUCCCAGGAGACUUGAUGAAAAUAUCACAAUACCUGUGAAGCUAAAAAGAAAACUUAUCUUUUCAGCACUCUUAUUGUCAUGAAAAUAUCCGACCUACAAAGGUUCUGAUUGCUUUACAUUGGUUAAUGAAAAACAGUGAAUAUUAUCAGAAUUCAAACAUAAACAUAGAUGACAACUGGUUCCAUGAGGUCACCAAUUCAGCAAGCGAAUUAAUGCGAGAGUUUAUAGAGGGCCACACCAAUCAAGAUUCAACAAUGCAUAAUGAAUAAGAUGAAUCAGACUCUGAUGAAUUCUCUGAAGUUGAUAGUAGUAGUAAGGAUGGAAAUUGUGAUACACUACUAGACAGUGACUCAUAUGAUAUGAAUCAGAUCUUCACAUUUGCUCCAGGACAGGGACAGCGUCCAAUUAGUUUGUAUCAAGAUCAAAUGGCUGAGUAUUUGUCAUUUCCAACAAUAUUUUGUGGUAAAGGAAGAAUAGAAAAUGAUCAGCGUCAAGUACCAGUUUCAUAUGCUGAUAUUGCCAAGUGGGAAUUACGAAGUGUUGAUAGACGUGCUGCACAGUCGGUACCAAACUUGUUUUUCAAACUGAAAAAGAUUCAACUAAAACAGGUAACAGACAAAUGCAAUUUAGCUCUUAGAAAGUGCAAAACAAAGGGGAAAACCUUUACUGCAAAUGAAAUAAGAAAUCCUGAUCAAAUUAACAACAUUGUUAGAUACAAUGAGGGAUUUUAUGUAUUCAAACAGUUGAGAAAUUCUCCUCCUUAUCUUGAAACAAGAAAGAAAGAUGAUUUUGCAAUGAUACGACAGCUUGGUCUACCAACUUGGUUUAUGUCCUUUUCUGCUGCAGAUACACGAUGGAAUGAUCUGAUAAGGGCACUAGGGGUUUUAAACGAUGACAGAGAGUACACAGAUUCUGAAAUUGAGAGCAUGACAUGGACUGAAAAAUCGAAGUUGGUUCAGAAAGACCCAAUUACAUGUACAAGGUAUUUUGAUCAUCGUUUUCGAACUUUUUUGAAUACUGUGCUUAAGAGUGAUCAUCAUCCUAUUGGCAAGGUACAGGACUUCUUCUAUAGGGUUGAAUUUCAACAAAGGGGAUCACCACAUGUUCACAUGAUUGUUUGGAUUGAAAAUGCUCCAAAAUACUUAGAAAAUGAUGACAACGAAAUUGUUGCAUUUGUUGAUAGCUACUUAAAAUGUGAAAGAAAUGCAGAAGACAAUAUGCUAGAAUUACAGGUGCAUAAACACUCACAAACAUGCAAAAAACGAGGAAAAGCUGUUUGUAGAUUUGGAUUUCCACUUCCACCACUCCAAACUACCAUGAUAUUAGAACCUUUGGACAGUGAAGUUGAGAAAUACAAAAAGAUGUAUAAAGCUAUGCAAGACAAAAUGAAUGAAUUUAAAAAUGGAUGUGAUGUAAGCUUCAGUUUCCAAGAGUUCUUGCAGGAUAUAGUACAAUUAUCUGAAGACGAUUAUAUCAAAUGCAUCAGAAGUUCCUUGAGAGGACCCAAAGUAUUUCUAAAGCGUAAACCCUGUGACCUUAGAGUGAAUGCUUACAACAGUACUCUUCUUCAUGCAUGGGCAGCUAAUAUUGACAUUCAGUAUGUACUGGACCCAUAUGCUUGUGCAAUGUACAUUGUCUCAUACAUAAGUAAAUCCCAAAGGGGUAUGAGUGAUCUCCUGAGUAGAGCUGCAAAAGAAGCAAGAGAGGGCAAUCUUGACAUUAAGAGACAAGUUAGACACAUUGGAAAUCAAUUUCUCAACAGUGUUGAAGUUGGGGCACAGGAAGCAGCAUAUCUGGUUUUGCAAAUGCCACUUACAAAAGCAUCAAGAGAUGUAAUAUUUAUAAACACAUCUCCAACUGACGAGCGUGUAAUACUUGUCAAACCUGAUUCAGAACUUGAAAAGUUGAAUGCUACCUCCACAGACAUAGAAUGCAGUAACAUAGUCAAAAGAUAUGCAAAACGUCCAAAACAACUUGAAAACUGGUGUUUAGCUGACUAUGUCUCACAGAUAGAUGUAGUUUUCCCAAAAGAAAAUACAAAUGAGCUGUCUGAAAUGGAAACAAAUGAUGAUGAAAUGCACCAGUCAGAAAAUGAAGAAAGUGGAUCUGAUACUGAGGGUGAAUUUAAAGAUGACAGCACAUUAGUUGUGUUGAAAAAUGGAAUAAAAAUCAAGCGCAGAAAAACACCAAGAGUUAUAAGAUAUGUGCGCUAUAGUUUAAAGACAGACCAAGAAAAUUACUAUAGAGAAAAACUAAUGCUGUUCACUCCAUGGAGAAAUGAAAGUUCUGAUCUUUUGUGUGGACAACAGAGCUUUGAGCAGUCAUUUAACCACAAGAAAUUUUUCUUAACUCAGAAAAUCAAACAGUAUGAACACAAUGCUGAUGCGCUUGAGCAGGCAGAACAGAUGGCACAAGGUGAUUUGACAGAAGCAUAUGAUGAAUUAGCUCCUGGUGCUCAACAAACUGAGGCAGAAGAUGAAUAUGAAGGAAAUGUUGACUCUGAAAAAUUUGUACACUUUAAUCCUGAAAGGCCAAUUGAACAGAGAGAGUAUGAUAUAAGAAAUGAUGUUGGAAUUCCAUCAACAAGACAACUGAGUGAGCAGAGCUCUGUUAGAUUACCUGAUGAUGAGUAUUUAAAGCUUGUAGCCAGUCUGAAUUUGAAGCAACGUGAAUUCUUCAAUCAUGUUAUGCAAUGGAUCAAAUGUAAACAGGAACCUAUUCACGCAUAUCUGUCAGGAGGUGCAGGCGUUGGGAAGUCGGUGUUAAUCAGAGCACUUUAUCAAGCUUUACAUCGGUAUUUAUGUGCUAAGGAGGGAGAAAAUCCAGACGAUAUACGAAUUCUUCUUUGUGCAUACACUGGUAAAGCUGCAUUUAACAUUGGUGGUCAAACAAUUGCUUCUGCAUUUCAUCAGAAAAUUAACCAAAGGCAGCAAAACAUGCAUUGUGAUGAACUGAACACAUUUAGAACUAAAUAUAGGAAUUUGUCAGUUGUCAUCAUAGAUAAAAUUUCAAUGGUUGGUAAUGCAAAGUUGGAAUUUAUCAAUGAUAGACUUCAGCUUCUUACUGGUUUGAAGAAGCCCUUUGGAGACAUUAGUAUUAUUGCUGUUGGAGAUUUCUUUCAACUUACACCAAUCAUGGAUGGAUGGAUUUUUCAAGAUUUAAAACAAAAUGCCCAAGCACUUGCAUGUAAUCUUUGGAAAGAAAAUUUCACCUUAUUUGAGUUAGAUGAAGUAAUGCGACAAAAAAAUGAUUUAGAAUUUGCACAGCUUUUGAACCGUCUUCGUCACAAUGAGAUGACUUCUGAGGACUUGGAUAUAAUUCACAAGUGCAUCAUUGCUGAAAAUAGUCCUGAUUAUCCACACAAUGCUCCCCAUCUUUUCACAAUGAAUGCGAAAGUAGAUGAAUAUAACAAUAAACUCAUAGAGCAACUUCCUGGUGAAAAAGUCAUUGUGAAAGCUUUUGACAGUGUCCUCCAAGACCACAGUAAGUCUGUGAAAGACCGACUACUCAGAUCAUUGCAAAAUCAAGAUGAUGUAAGCAAAACUGCAAAUCUCAUGACAAGACUAACUCUAGCCAUUGGAAUGAUAUAUGACAUUACAGUUAAUAUUGAUGUUACUGAUGGUUUGACAAAUGGCUCAUCAUGUACUGUAUAUCUUGUUGAAAACAGAUUACCUGGUGUAUCAAGGCCAAGUAUAGUGUGGGUAAAUUUUUGGAUUCUGCAGUAGGGAGAAUUGCUCGACAGAAAUACAGACACCUUUUCCAUGAUGAUAUUAAGGAUAAUUGGACACCAAUAUUUGACUGUCAGCGAUCUUUUGUUUAUAAUUCAACUACAUAUCAAAGAAUACAGUUUCCUUUAAGACCAGCUGCUGGUAAGACAAUCCAUAAGGCCCAGGGCUGCACUGUUGAUGAAAUUGUAAUAGAUCUG